AUGAAUUUUUUUAUUUAUUUUAAUAAUUCUUGUAUGAAUUGCCACUGCUUGGGCUGCAGUGCAGUCACGAGCUUGAGCAGUCUUUUUCCCUUUACUUCUGCCAUGCACUUCUGCUGUACGUUUUUGUUUGUGUGUCCCUUCACAUGCUCUGCUCCUGUUUUUACUUCUUUGCCUCGUGUGUCUGCAGGCACACACAACCACAUGCACGCACAAAAUGCACAUUGCAGUGGAUUUGGAUGCUUCUUUUGUAGCGGUUGCUGGCGGUUGCGGGUGGCGGCUGCUUCCUUUAGUGGGCAUGAAGGGAAGGAGGAGAGAGGGAGCGCGCACCGCGAGUCACUCUUUCCUGCGGGUGUGAUGCGCGCGGUGGGCUGCGACUGCUGUGGAGGGCUGCAUCCUUUCGGUGUGCGCUUCUCCGCCGUUGUUCCGUGCGUUUGCGCAUGUCAUUUGUUAUGCGCGUGCGUGCUGGGCAUGUUUUUCCGGAGCGUUGGGCGGCCACCAUCUUUCUAUGGCGGUUUACGUGAGUGA